CCCCCCUCUUCACUCAAGCUUGAGUUGCUGCUAAUCUGUCGCUGUUGUUGUUGAAGCUAUGAUGGCGGCAGCGGGCUGCGGAUCGGCAACCGCGGCUGCCGCUGGAGGCGCGGGGGCUGUGGGGAUGGGCGCGGCGCGGGGCCGCUUCCCAGGCCGCCCGUGGUCCUCGCGGAGCCGCCUGCGCUCCGAGAAGCGGUGGCAGCUCGGCCGCUGCGGGGCGGACGAGGUCGGUGGUAGUGGCGGUAGCGGAGGAGGAGGCCCUAGGCCCGUAUGCCCGCCGCUUGCGUGCGCUGACGACCAGUCUCACCUGCGCCUGCUCGGGAUCGAGGCGAGCUACAAGAACCUGGGCGAGGCGGGCUACAGCUCGAGCGGGAGCGAGGAGGGAUCUGAAUUCAGAGGCUUUUAUGCUGGAAAGCAAAACAGCAGUGUUCCUGUACAGUUGAGACGGAAUCCUCCUAAAUGUAAUAGAGCAUCAGCAAAACCAAUAAAGAGGGUAUGUCGGAGACCAGCUCCUGCAGCAGCCACACAUGUGGAGGAUGGUCAAACUCCACUUGAUUCAGGAUCUACACUGGAACUACACAGUAAAGAGUCUUUUAAUCCUGUGUCAGUUGAAGGCACUGAUCCUGGCUCAGAUAAGCUCUCAAAACCCAGACGGAGAAGAGACUCUCUAAAAGAAGAACCAUUAGCUCCAAGGAUCACUAUCAAGCUGGUGGCUAAAAAGAGAGUGAAGGUGGAUACUUCAUUACGUCAGAAGUCUGAAAGAAAACCAAAAGGAAUCAAAGUCCCACCUGAAGCUAAAGAAACUCAAGGUGCUGUUGACUCGUGUGCACAUGUAAAAUUAAAAGGAGUUACACAAGCGACUGGUGAAACCUCUGGUGGGAUGACCAAACAGGUUAAUACAAGGAGGAGAGGGAGGUCUGCAGACAAAAAAGCAGACCCCAUUCCUCAGAGAUUACCUGAAACAGAAGCUGGUGAGCAGAAAGUGGAGGAGAAGUUGAGGAAAUCUGCCCGCAAAUCUCAACCUGCACCAGGUAGUGACACUGUAGAGCCGAAAACGGAUGAACAGAAGGUAAAGCCAACAAGCUGUGCCUCAAAAGAAAAUGCUGAAGUGAAGAAGCUUGUGAUACGGAGGCGAAACCGAACAGAAUCUACACAGGCUCAAGAAGCAGGAGAUAAAAACGCUGAGGGAAGAUUGGCAGAGUCAUUAUUAGAGGUGUCAACAAUCGAGGAGACUGUUCCACCUUCCAAAAAGAAAAAGGGGAAGAAAAAGAAAAGGCACCGCAAAGACAAAGUGUCCGAAAACGUUCGAGGGAACCACAGUCGUUUGUCUGAGCAGCCUUCAGGAGACUCUACAGACUUGCAGUCAAUCGAGAAAGAGUUUGUGGGAAUUCCUGGAUUAAAACUGACAAGAAUACGAAACCCGAAAGCGAGGUCACGUAAGAAACGUCCGAAAUUUAUUUGGACCCUAACACUUGUCAAGUGCAAAAGCAAGACAAUAAACCCACCCCAUGCAAAUCUAAGCAAAGCACCAGAAAGCCUUAGCAAAGAGACAGAAUCUCCUUCAAAAUGUGCAGAUGGAGUUGAUGUUUCCACAGAGCCUACCCUUACAUCUGACGCUGCAGAAAUCUCUGAUACUCAGAACACUCCGCAGCCACCAGAAAAUAAAGAACCCACUGUUGAGGUCAUUCCUGAAACACAAGAACAUGCAGUAAACUCUAAGAAAGAUGAAGAAGGAAAGACCCCAAGAAAAAGUAAGGAGGAUGUCGAGACCUGUAGGUCAGAAGCUGUAGAUGAAGUAAAUCCAGAGGAGGUCACACAGACAGAUGUUGUGGAUGUUGCAAAAAAUCAAUUCAGUAAGGAUUCAGUUCAGUGUCCUCCACUUCAGGUAAAAGUUGCAGCCUCACCAAGAAAACACAACCAUUUAAAGCAGCCUUCUCCAAUCCAGAAGGACACAGCUAAACCUGAACUCAAAGACCUUUCUACUGAAGCUGAGACUGAGCUUCAUUCUUUAGCAGAAGUACCAGAGAACCAGGUACAAACCACUGUCCCUCCCAUGCCCAAGGUAAAGCCCAAAUUGAGACAAACCACACAUAAGAGGAACCGUAGGCAUAAACCUUGGUCAGUACAGAAGCGGAAAAAAACUAAAACACCUACAUCUAAUCCGAAGCUUCAAUCUAAAAUUACUGCUGAACCUGAAAUCCCACUCACUGAAGCUCAGCCUCAGCCUGAACCUGAACUUGAACCUGAACCUAAGCCAGAGGAAUUGCCAACACCACGUGAACAACCAAAACCAAAAAAAUGCUCUCGUCAAGCUGGUUUCUCAAAAAGCAGGAGAACAGUUCCAAGAAAAACCCCACAAGCAUUGCCUGCUUUAGAAGGGCAUUUGUCUUGUGAAGCGCCCUUGGCUGAGGCUACUGAACCCACAAUCACUGAUAGUGCUGCACUUCCACAACCUCAUCCUCUAACAGAAACACAAACCGAUGAUGUUAAGCCUGAGGAGUCAAAGGCUCCAUCAACAAAGGCUGAAGCUGAAAUUUUGGUUUUAGAGCCUCCAGCCACUGAAGAAGCACGGCCUCCUCGUCCAGUUAAGAAACCGUUCAAAGUGCGAAAAAGGCGCAGGUCUUUGAUUGGACAGAGGUUUAGACCUCGGAACCAAAAGUUGCCAGGAAAGUCCAUCGCAAAAGAAAACCGGACCGGAAGUGAUGCGUGCUCACCAACAGGUGCCUCUGAGCCAGCAGGACCAAAACUAGUUGGCAUACUGAAGACUAAGUACAAAAUGCAACAAGUUCCCAAAAGUCUUCCUCAUUCUCUUGAAAGCGGUAGAAACGAGGAGAAGUUUCUCGCCCAGCAAGCGGAGAAGGAACAUGAGGUGCCGAUCACUGAUGAAGAUGGCGACAAGGGGGCUGCAAAUGAAAGAGCAGAUCUUGAUUCUUCUGACGUUCAGCCUGGUAAAACCAAAUUUGUCAAGAACAUAAAGCAUUUUAUAAUGCCUGUCGUUAGUGCCCGGUCCUCGCGCGUAAUCAAAACGCCAAAGAGAUUCAUGGACGAUUCAGACAUGUCAGAUCUUCCGAGGAGGCAGAAGAAAUGCCACCUGCUAGCAGUGCCGCCGAAGGGAAAGAAACGCGAGAGUGAUGAGCGGAAUGAUGCAGAUUCCCCUCAGCCCCUGGAUGAGGUAGAUGUCCUACCUGAAGCUCAGUUAGAUCUCGACUUGUCUUCUGCAGAAGAAUCCAAAGCUGAGCCAGUAGAUUCUCUAGACUUGGAGAGCUUGUGUGAAGACACCUUCCCUGGCAAGAGACGGUCACUCCUCCGAGACCCCAGUUUUAACUGGCAGGUACUGGAGCCUGUUGGAGCUGAGGUGUACAACUUCGACCAGAACAUAGAAAAGGAGUACGAGGCCUUGUUGUCUGCCAAAGAUUUCCCAUUCGAUUCGUUAAUUGAUCCUUCUCCGAAGAAGAAAAAGAGCUUUAAGAAGCAAUCGUCAAACCUGAAGAUGGAUAAGAAACUGACGGAUAAACUGGCGGACAAACUGACGGAUAAAUUGAACUUUGGCCUUUGUAGUAAGAGUCAGAAAAAGGUCCCAACAGUUGAAACACAGAAAGAAUCCAAUCCUUCUACUGAAGUGCAAAAGGGUGACCUGGAAAAAGAAGAUGCAAACUUGAUUAAGUCUCUUUCUGACAUUGAGAAGGAGAAAGCUAAACUAAAGAUUGAGGAUCUGGACACACCAGGAGUUGUUCAUAAAGUGUCCAUCUGCAUGCGUGCUCUGAGCUCCAAGUUACUGGCACAGCAGCAGCAGGAGGAGCAGGAGGAGGAGGAGAUGCCAGAUGAAUUCUCCAUUCAUACAGACAUUUCACUUCCCAACAAGUGCAUGGAUCUAGAGAAAAUGCUUCUGGAGAAAGAUCAGAAAAUAGAGAAAUGCAUUGAGAAGAAGACUACUGCUGAUGCUCCUGGUCCAGAGAAGAAAGGUACCACACAGCGGCCUCUUCUCACCGGAGCCAACAAGCACAUGCUCAACCUCCUCAAGAAAGCCAAGGUCCAGCUCAUCAAGAUCGAUCAGCAGAAACAGCUUGCGUCAUCGGGGCUCCUGAAAGAACGUGGAAUUACAGCAACGAAGAGGGAGAGGAGAAAACCAAAAGAGUCUCAGCAGAAAGUCACCCCCACCAAGACUGAUAAAACUGAUAAAACUGAUAAAGCUGAUAAAGCUGAGAAGACUGACAAGAGUGAUAAGAAUGAGAAGACUGAUGCCUCUUCAGAACCGCCUCCUGAUGGAGAAAACAGAGGUGGGCCACGCAUCAAGCAUGUGUGCAGAGCUGCAGCUGUGGUUUUGGGGCAGCCUCGAGCCAUUAUCCCUGAUGACAUUCCCAGACUCAGUGCCCUUCCCUUGCAUGAGAGAUCAGGCAUCUCCCCCUCACCUGCUGAUAAAGAUAUCGAGUCGCACUCUGACCCGGACAGCCCCGUUCUCCAGAGGACCCCGAAGUUUCGGAAAGUGAAUAGAGGUGGUGUGUUCGGGCUCCGGUCCCGGAGGUGUGGAGAAUGUAAGGGCUGUCUUCAUGAAGAGGACUGCGGCACAUGCUUGUACUGCUUGGAUAAGACCAAGUUUGGUGGGCCUAACACUAAACGACAGUGCUGUGUGUAUAAACGAUGUGAUCAGGUAGAAGAAAGAAAAGCCAAGAGACUGAGUGGGAAACUUCUCAAAGGACAAAUGAAGAGGCGGCACUCUUCCAUAAGUGCUGGUCAUUCCAGUAAUGAGGAGGGCGAGGGCACAGAAGGGGCUGGGCGCUCCUCGCCCACCUCUGCGUCUGUAGGUGACAGUCAGAGCCCAUCUUUACGGAAGCAGCCCAGGCGACACGUUAAGCCACGCUCAUACUGUGACCUGCUGGACUACGACUCUGACCUCGAAAGCGUCGGAAUGCCUCAGUCCACAUCUCCAGCCCGCAGGAGAGUACCUGGUCCACGCAACACAGACUUUGUGUCGCUAGAUGACUUUGUUGGAGAUGAUCUUGAUGAGGGAACACGACAUCGCAGGUCAGGGUUAAAUAAGGUUCCACAAAUCAGACGGAAAAUCGAGAAGAGCCCUCAAGAGCAAACCCCACCCAGUGUCCUGGCAGCUCUGGUUAAUGGCUUUGCCCAGAGAGAGAUUGAGCCUUCAGAGCCCACCUUCAAGAUCCAUGUAGAUUUUAAGGAGGAUUGUGGUGUCCACAGUGUGUGGUCAGCUGGUGGCAUGAGCAUCCUCACGUCUGUGCCUCUCAUGCCACAGAGCGUGUGCCUGCUGUGUGCCAGCAGAGGGCAGCAUGAGAUGUUGUACUGCCAAGUGUGCUGUGAACCCUUCCAUCCCUUUUGCCUGGACCCGUCAGAGCGUCCUCAGGAAGAGAAUAAGGAGAACUGGUGCUGCCGCCGCUGCAAGUUUUGUCGUGUGUGCGGCCGCAAGAACAAGCCUUUAAAACCUCUGCUGGAGUGUGAAAGGUGCCAAAACUGUUAUCACCCUGCCUGCCUAGGCCCCAAUUACCCCAAACCAAACAGACGCAAGAGGUCCUGGGUGUGUAUGACCUGUAUCCGGUGUAAGAGUUGUGGAGUGACCCCAGGAAAGAGCUGGGAUACAGAGUGGGACCAGGAUAAAGGCCUCUGUCCUGACUGCACAAGACUGUAUGAGCAGGGUAAUUACUGCACAAUGUGCUUCAAAUGCUACGAGGACAACGACUACGAGAGUCAAAUGAUGCAGUGCUCCUCGUGUAACCACUGGGUCCAUGCCAAGUGUGAGGGACUGACUGAUGAUCUUUAUGAGAUCUUGUCCAGUUUGCCUGAGAGUGUGGUGUACUCAUGUCAGCCCUGCAUUGAAGCACAGCCUGCUGGAGUGCAGGAGAGUGAGUCCGCAGGAGGCUGGAGGGAGCUGCUGAUGCUGGAGCUCAGGGCUGGGGUGGAGAAGGUGCUUGCCUGCCUGCUUAGCUCCACUCUAACGCAGCACCUGGUCACCUGCAAGGAGUGUUCGAUUUUGGACGACUCUGAAGAUGGAGAUGAUGAUGAGGAUGAAGGGCUGCCCAGUUGUGAUUUGCGUGCUGUGGGCAAAAAGUUUGAUAAAGGCCUUUAUACAACACUGAAAUCUUUCCAUGAGGAUGUGGUUGGAGUCAUUCGCCGGAAACUGGAGGAGGAGGAUGUGUUACCCGAGGACCAAAAGCCCACUGCUCUUGCUCGUUCUUACUAUUUGAAGCUGAUGGAGGAGGUUUUUAGCUGGUUUAACAGUCAGGACCCGAAAGUGUGGGAUCCUCGCUCCAAACACCUGCCUACUGGAAUGCUCUUGAAUGCUAUUCUACCCCCCACCAAUGAGCAUGUAUAUGCACAGUGGCGGGAGCAUGAGGAGAAGAGUAAAAAAAACACCAGACAAGGAGGAGGAGUGAAUUCAGUGGUCAAAGGGGAAGAUGGGGCCAAUCAGGCCACGCCUUUGUCUCACAGGUCUCUCAACAGCCACUGUAGGGAACUGAGUAAGCCGAGACAUGGGUUGAAAGGAAAGAAAGGAAGGUCCUCUAAAUCAGACCUGGACACCGGGUGGUCAAAAGAUGAUGAGCGACAGUGUGUCUUGUGCCAGAAGUAUGGCGAUGCAAAAUCUGCUGAUGCAGGGCGUCUGCUGUAUCUUGGACAAAAUGAGUGGGCUCAUGUGAACUGUUCCAUGUGGUCAGCGGAGGUGUUUGAGGAGGAAAAUGGCUGCCUGAUGCAUGUGCACAGUGCAGUGGCCAGAGGUCGCCUUAUGCGCUGUGAACGAUGUAACCAAACUGGGGCAACAGUGGGUUGCUGCCUUACGUCAUGCCAGAGCAACUAUCACUUCAUGUGUGCCCGUUCCCGCAACUGUGUCUUCCAGGAUGACAAGACUGUCUUCUGUUACAAGCAUCGUGACCUCAUCAGUGGACAGAUUAUUACUGGACAAGGGUUUGAGGUUCUCCGGAGGGUCUACGUGGACUUUGAGGGGAUCAGCCUUCGCAGAAAAUUUUUGACAGGAUUAGAACCAGAAUCAAUUAACAUGAAGAUUGGUUCUCUUCUUGUCAGCAAACUUGGCAAACUGAAUGAACUGUCAGCAAGCCAAGGAAAGCUCGUCCCCGUGGGUUAUGAAUGCUCUCGCUGGUACUGGAGUGCAGUGAACCCCCAUCGCCGCUGCAAGUACACAUGCAGAGUUAUGGAAGUACGACCAGCAGUUCAGGAGAAGCCAGUGGAAGAAUUUCCCAACCAGGGAGAGAAUCGAACAAUUGCACACAGCCCGUGUCCUCAAUCAGAAUCUGGACCUAUCAUCGCGGACGUGACACCAGCAAAUCACAGUUCAGAAUCAUCCUUUGCUAAGCCUGAACUCAGCACAGCCAAACCCAAAAGCUCUGCCUACUCUCAGAGUAGAAGACCAGCUGGAGGACUGAAGAGACCAUUACCAUCUCCUGGAGCAGCCCCUUCCAAAUCCCAUCAUAUUUUGACUAUUAGUGAUUUAGAUGAUACUUGCAGACCACGGCGGCACAGUUCACACCCACAAAACACUGGGAUCCGUGGACACGCAACCUGCUCUCCCUUGGGAUCUCCCACUGGCUCAGUUAGCCUUCGAGCUGGGGGUUCCCACCUCUCUAAAUCCACCCAGCCUACCUCCCCUAUUUUCCCUCUUGGUGCUACUGAAAACCUGUUGACCUCGUCAUCAGCCCGCCCUGUGGGCCGAAGUGCUUCCUCUGCCAGGGGUAUAUCCGCACCCCAUUCUACCUCAGGACUGUUCUCGCAGCCCGCUUGGCAAGGUGGCAUUGGCAGCAACCCUUCUUCAAACCGAUCUCUCUCUUCCCCCACCCAAGUUUCUACAAGACCACGGCUGCCUUUUGAGCUGAAUCAGUCUGCAGAGCUACCACAUAAUUUCAUGGCGUCGCCGCAGGAGUUGCCUGCAGAGAAUGGAACAUCACCAUUGGGGGACACCUCAGAUCCGCAGAGAGCUGGACACCUAGACGCUGAUAAGGGGUUCCCAUUUAACACUUUCCACUUGGACUCAGACUUGACUGUCAUGUCAGACCUUAAAAAUGAGCUUGAAAUUGAAGAAACCUUAGUAAAUGAGGGUGUGGCCAUGAACUGUAGUGGGCAUAUUGUGGUUGAAGGUGAAGAGAACCAAGACGAGUUUUGGGAUAGAGAAGCAGAUGACAUCACGGCAAAAGUGUCUUCUCGAAGAUUACCUCUUGCUGCGGACACCCAUACAGAAGACUGGGAGAAUAGUUCCUCUGAUGAGGACAUGGGAAACUAUUUCAAAUUUUCCCGUACUACAGUUACCCGCAAGGCCCCAAAAGAUACUUCAAAGGCUCCUACAUCUUCCUCUUUAAGGUCGAUUUCACAGCUAGAUGGUGUGGAUGAUGGGACAGAGAGCGAUGCAAGCAUCACCAGCAGCAAUACACAGGAUCUGAAGAACCCGAGUCACAUCCAGAAACCACCCCAACCAUCUCUUGAUGUUCAGCACCAUAAACAGUGGACCAGUAAUGGGUUAUGUGUGAAUUUGCCAAGUCCUAUCUUUGAAUCGUCAUCCAUUAGCUGUCAGCUACAACCACCAGCCAAGCCUCUUGGGUCGUUGUCUUCAGUUUGCACCAACCCUCAUCAACACUCCUCCAGUCAGUCUCAUUCUUCAAAUGACAUACGACAUGAAAAUAAGGGUGCUGCUGCUGCUGAAGUUAAUCUAUCCAAAUUUUCCCCAAGUCUUACAAACUUACAAGGUUUCGAAGACACAUGCCAGAAAACUGGCGUUGUUAGUGGUCAGACAUUUCAGUCGCCUCCUCAAGACACUUUGUCUAGUUUUGUUGUGCCAAAUGAGACGGAUACUUUGUGUUCGGCUUUCACUGAUUGCUUCCCAGCGCCUAAUUUAGUUACAAACUCAGUAGCUCUGGAAAAUUGCGACCCUCCCUCACCUAAUGCCAGCUUUACUGAUUUGGUCUCAGUUCAAGACGACCCUCCAGUUGAUGCACAGAAGUGUGUGUCAACUGAGUCAAAGGAAAUCUACUUGGAUCAUAACAGUGGGCAUUUUGUUUCUGCCACAGAUGGCUCCACAAUUUAUUCGGAUAGUUUGCCGGAGAGCACACCCAAACCCUCUACUGCAGAGCACAUCAAUGGAAGUAAAAAUCAAGUUGUGAAGAAAGUGCAGCCAACUCCAAUAGGUACAGAAAGCGCCAGUUCGGCACCCUCAGUUCAGUGUUUGCAACCAAGUUCCUCUGUCCAGCCUUCCUUUGUGUCGUUUGCAAAUUCUGCACCUUCUUCAAAUAUUACUCUUUACCCCGUCCAGACUCCCGAGGGAAAGACAGUGCUUCCACCAGUGGAAAGUUUCAGAACCAAGCUAUCAUCACCUUCAAAUACAAAUCGCCAAGCUCCUUCAGUACCUAGUGGAGCAAUGCGUUACAUGUCUGCAGAUUUGCCUCCUCAGCCAGAAAAAAUGCUUGCUGCUCCAUCAGGCACUAGCGUGCCUCUUGUAACUCUUGGGCCGGUUUUAGGGGCAGUUUCCACACCUGUGUACUCCACUUUCACUCAACCUGUGGGCUCAGCAACAGUCAGCAUAGUCCCCACUGCUAUCUCCCAGCAGCCAGCUGCUCAGUGCCAGCAUUUGCCCUCCAUUAUACAACCAGCCUCUGCACCUGUUGUUGUUAAUGGCUAUAGCCCCAUGCCUAUGCAAAGGGAUGCUGCCUCAGGACGUACAAUUUCCAUAAACUUUUCAACUCCAAGACAAACACUGGAGCCUCAACAACAGGUUACCCAAGCAUUUCCAGGUCAUGCAAUUCUCACUGUGAAGGAGGUCGGUGGACCAAACGUGGAUCCUACCCCUCACGUUUUACUCGUAAAUCGCCUUGGCCAAAUUUUUGUCAAGAACCCUGAAAGCAACACCUUCCAGUUGCCAAGUCCCAACUCUCCCUCAUUUAACUGCGUCACACAGAUUGCCAGCCUUCUGCAAAGCAAUGCUCUCUCUGCUACCCUGGCAGCAGCAGGCAACCUUUCUGCAGUUGCUGGAGCAGCAGUUCCAGCCCAGGUUCCAGCCCAGGUUCCAGCCCAGAUUCCAGCCCAGGUUCCAGCCCAGGUUCCAGCCCAGAUUCCAGCCCAGAUUCCAGCCCAGGUCCCAGCCCAGGUCCCAGCCCAAGCCCUGGCCCAGGUUCCUGCAAAAGUCUCAACUCAGGUUCCUGCCCAAGUCUCAACUCAGGUUCCUGCCCAAGUCUCCGCCCAAGUCCCAGUCCAAAUUCAAACCCAAGUCCCAACCCAAAUUUUGUCCCAGGUCCCAAGAAUGGUGACACCUGUGACUCAAAAGUCUGACACCAUAACCCAGCUUCUCUCUUCUACUACUACUACAACUACUACUAACGGAACAGCAGCACCACAGGAAGUAAAGAUGUCACAGCCAACCACGCCUGCCAGUGGCAAUGUCCCAGAAAAGAAGAAGCCACAGAAAAAGAAGGAAACCCAAACCCUUCGCAAACCCAAGACCACUCCAUUACCUACUUCAUCUUGCAAGACAUCAGACAAUCAUUCAGAAAGUGCUCAAGCCAUUCUCAACCAAGCUAUGGCCAGCUAUUAUGACCCCAACCGAAGUGGUGCCAGAAUCCUUAGCCCAUCCACUCCCCGCAGUUCCAGUGCUGGAGGCAAGGCCCCCUCAGCGAGUUCUGUAGUCCUGCCCCCAGGUCUUCUCGUUAAAUCUGAGCCCACACCCACACCACCAGCUACCCCACUUUCACCAUCUUCCCGGCCAAAGCAAGUUCGAAUGAAGAGAGUGUCCUCACUCUCCGACCGCAUCGCCACCAAGAAAUCCAAGUCCGACUUUGUAGAGCCUGAACUGUCCAGUGUCCCAGAAGAGCAGCGCAAACUCAGUUCACCCGCUGAGAGCAGAUGUGGGGGAGUUCGCAUCAAAGCACCAACUGUAAAGGGAAUCCUUGACCUGGACAAGAUCAGCGAGGACCUCAGUAGUGAUUCUGAUAGUGCGAAGCCAGGAAUUUGGGAUCGUUUGUCAUUGCCCCGAAUUGGUGACAGUAGUAAACCGCAGGCCUGGGACACCACAGGACGAAGUUCACUGUCUGACUGGAACAAAUACUCAGGGAUGAUGUCCUGCUCAGAUGACGAGACGCCUCCAUCAGAUAAUGAAGAUCAUUUCCUUCCCAGAGGAGACCAGCCCCAUUUACGCUUUAAGAUCACCAGUGAUGAUGGCUUUAGUGUGGAGGCAGACAGCAUUGAAGUGGCGUGGAGGGCCGUUCUGGAUGGGGUGCAGGAGGCUCGUGCUGCUGCCAAGCUGAGACAGCUGUCCUUCACUGGGAUGAAUGGUGCUCGUAUGAUGGGCUUGCUGCAUGACGCCGUGGUGUACCUGGUGGAACAGCUCCAGGGGGCCAGUAGCUGCCAUCGCCACCCGUUCCGCUUCCAUAAACAGGCCAGCCAGGAGGAGGACCUGCCCAUCAACCCCAGCGGUUGUGCACGCUCUGAGGUCUACCUAAGGAAGUCUACCUUCGACAUGUUCAACUUCUUGGCUUCGCAGCACCGGCAGCUUCCUGAUACUGAUCUGUAUGAUGAGGAGGAAGAUGACGUUCUUCUCAAAUCUAGCAGACGUGCAACAAGUUUGGAACUUCCCAUGGCAAUGCGUUUCCGUCAUCUAGAAAGAACAUCUAAGGAAGCCGUUGGUGUUUACAGGUCUGCCAUUCAUGGACGAGGGCUGUUCUGCAAGAGAAACAUUGAAGCAGGGGAAAUGGUCAUCGAGUAUUCCGGCAUCGUCAUUCGCUCUGUUCUCACUGAUAAACGUGAGAAAUACUACGAUGGAAAGGGCAUUGGGUGCUACAUGUUCCGCAUUGAUGACUUUGACGUGGUGGACGCCACCAUGCACGGCAACGCUGCGCGCUUCAUCAACCACUCCUGCGAGCCCAACUGCUACUCGCGGGUCAUCAACGUGGAGGGCCAGAAGCACAUCGUCAUUUUUGCUCUGAGGAAGAUCUACCGUGGAGAAGAGCUCACCUACGACUACAAGUUUCCCAUCGAGGACGCCAGCAACAAGCUCGGCUGCAACUGCGGAGCUAGACGCUGCCGGCGCUUCCUAAACUGAGCAUAAGGGUUUGUGAGUUCUGGCUCUGAUGCUGGGGUCUUGCUAAGUGAGCUGCUUGAACUAAAGCCAAUUAAAGUUCCCUCAAGGAGUUACAAGAGGUGGUUGUGGGGGGGUGGGGGGUGGGGGGGAGUGAGGCUGAAGUGUAGGUUCUACAACAGAGGAUGAAAAGUCUUAGCAACCACCUGUUGGUCUGUCCAUCCUACAGCAGUUACUUGCUGUUUCAGGCUACACAGUUACACACACACACACACACAUGUUCAGAAAACGUUGCUUUACUAUCAGUGUGUUGGAUCAAAUUCAGGUGCACGUAUUCAGGAUGGCAGUGUGUGUGUGUGUGUGAGUGUGAAAGCAGCAUAUGUGGUCACAGAUACUGAGAGAACAGGAUGUCCUUUGUGGUUUUUCUUAGAGAAUUAUUUUUUCUCUCUUUUUCUAGGAGAGAGUUCCAGUCCUAUCUAAGCUCUGCCCAGGUGGUUUCUGUUUCUUGGGCCCUUAUUUCAGCCAUGCAUUUCAGGUCGUUUCGAAACUAGCAGCAAGUGAGGAAAAAUGCUACUUUUAUUUAUGUCCAGAUAUUUCUGCAUUAACGUUAAAAACUACUAAUUUUGGGGUUGUGCAAGAGAAAGAACUAAGUCUAGUACCAGAACUGGAACAUUCUGGUUGAUUUAUGUAGAAUUUUGUUCUGUAUUUCUCUAUAAACACUGAGGUCACAGCAAUAUUAGGACAGUAGAACAUUUUCAAAUACUUUCCCAAGUUUAAAUUCAAGAAAGCAGACAGUCCUCUCCUCCUGCAGCCAAUAGGGACAGUUUUCCAGACAGGGAUUCAGGGAUUUUACCUUCAUUUAGUGCGGAAUGCUGUCCAGCAUUUAAAGCAGAAUAUAGUCUAUGACCAGGCUUAAUCUAUGUCUGGGAAACUGACCCUUAGUCUCUGAACCCUUAAAACUUUAAAACUCCCACUCAGAUGGCAGUGCAGAUAGCAGCGGAAACAGACGUACAAGAGUUUUGUGGUAGUGUGGAUAUGCUAUACAUAUGUAUGUGUCUAUAUAUGUAUAUGUAUAUGUAUAUGUAUAUGUAUGACUAAUCAACAAUCAAGUAAAGAGAGAAGAGAAAUCUAUAUAUAUAUAAAUAUAUAUAUAUAUGCUAUAUACAUACUAACUUAACUGAGAUGUUUACCUGUCAUGCUCACGCUAGAUAGAAUCUAGAUUAGUACGUGUCAGUUAGUCAGAACUGAUGUUUAGAAGAAGAGGCUUUAUUUUCGCUCAGGAAGAAGCUGUGAACCCCCUGCAAUACAUCGUCACAGUGAUUCAUUCAUUCCGUUCAUAAAGCAUUUUUUUACUCCCUCUUUCUCUAUACAACUUCUGAAGUCAUAAAGUGUUGUGUCUUUAAGUCAUUUUAUUAAAUCCUUUUAAGGACUUUAAGCUCAGCCUGAGAUGCCACUGAUUAAAAUUUCUGCUUAUAAAUUUCUUUAUAGGAAAGGCCUACUCCCUGUGUAUUUAAAUUAUUUUGAUUUUUUGUUUGAUCUCUGUUUUAAGACUACAGUCACGCCUUUUAUAUUGCGGAACGUUCAGUCUCCCUUUACUGGGUCCUGCUGUUAUGUUUAGUCAGCUAAAAUUGUUGUCUAUUUCCUACUUUUUAGUUCUGUGUCUUCUUUAUGGUGCUAGAUUUAUCAGGAAGCUUGAAAAUAAGAGGGAACUUUAAUUUCAUGAGUCAUCCUCAUUCCUCGCUGUGUUAGACACGUAGACACUUAUCUUGUAGACUUCUGUAAGUACUUGACGGUUUGAGAACAGAGAAAACGGUGUUGUUUUUGAAGAAGCAAAAUCACGUUCAAAGAAAGAAAAAAAAUCUGCUUUAGCGUCAGACACUACUUUUUUGAGCUAACCAGGGAAAUCAAAAUAAUUCACUUUGCAUCUGCUACAAUGUGGAACAUCUAUUUUUAUCUAUUUUUUUUUCUUAAAUUCUUUGCAGUUUCUGUGCCACAAGUGUAUAUACAUGUGUUCCGCACCUCGAGAUCUAAUCAUUUCUCAUUUAUCCUUUAAAAAAAUCUUCAGAGGCGAUGUUUAUUGCUAUUACUAGAACUUGUUCUGUUUAAAAAUGUGUAUAUCUGCAAAAUUACUCUGACGUGUGAUUUUCUUUUCUUUCUUUUUCUUUUUUUGUUUUUAAAUAUCUAAAUAUUUUAAGUCAACUGCCACCUAGCACUCAGCACCUUGAUGUCCCGUUCUUCUAGGACUUCUUCUAGGACAAUUCCAAAUCUCUCCAUCAUGAAUCAUGAACACAGAUGGGCUGCCACUGUGUCUGUUCAUACAUUGUCAUAUAAAAUAUUCUGUUCGUGUUCAGAUCAUGGGCGUGCACAUGUGUGCGUGCUUUCUGCGUGGCCAAGAUCUCGCCAGGUUAUUGUUUUCAUGUUUACAUGUGUUCCUCCCUCUCCUGUCCUCUUUUUGACGUUCUAUGAGGAUGAGUUCUUGCAGUGCAGCCUUUUUUAAAAGUGGCGUUUUGAGCCAGAUGUCCUUCCUUUUAUCAUAUAGAAUAGGAUGCUUUUAAUUCUCGUUUUAACUCAUAAACUGUGGCCACGUGCUUUGGGUAAACUCUGCGUGCUUGGGAGAUUUUUUUCUCUGCAUCUGCAAGGAUGCAACAGCUUCCAGCAGUGCCCCGGAGAGGGAAUUCAAGGGGUAACCAAGGGGACAAUCCCCUCUACUUUUCCUGCCUGGCUUCCUGUUUUUCUUCAUUACCGCACAAGUUUUUUUUUUGCGUUUCGUUUCCUCCCCCCACUGAGCAAGGAUUCUACCUCAGGCUGUUCAGAAAGACUCUCAAAGAAUACUAAUGCAAAACCUAGAAGAGAAUACGAUAUAGCUUGGUCUUAAAUGUGCAGAGUUGGCCUGUGUGCAAUGAAGAAUGCAAAGUACUAGUCAAGACCUUCUGUGAUGAUGACCUGUCUCCCAGAGUUGUGUGGAAAAACUGUAUGUUCUUAUGUAGGGUUAUUUUAAAACAAACAAAAAAAAUCGUGUUGGGGAAAAAAAAGACUUAAAAAAAGUGUGUCUUUACUACCUUGUACAAAAGUACCCUAAGUUUGUAAAUAAUUGUAUACAUAUUUCUAAACCUGUUUAAUUUUCUAUGCACUUUUUUAUUUAUAAUGUUAUUUGCUUAAUAAAGAUGUAAAGAUGUUUGAACAACA